AUGGGAGGUUUAGGUUCACCAUGUGGAGCUUGCAAGUUAUUGCGUAGGAAAUGUGUAGAAGGUUGUGUAUUUGCACCGUACUUUUGCUACGAAGAAGGGUCUUCUAAUUUUGCAGCAAUUCACAAAGUGUUUGGAGCUAGCAACUUCUUCAAGCUCAUUUCUCAUCUCCCUGAUCAUGACCGAUGCGAUGCCGUAAGAACCAUCUCUUAUGAGGCGCAGUCUCGUCUCCAUGAUCCUAUUUACGGCUGCGUCUCCCAAAUCUUCUCCCUCCAAAUCUUCUCCCUCCAGCAACAGGAUUUUUGA